AUGAAAGACACGGGUCAACGCUUAGCAACGACAACCGUUUCCUCCACUUGCUCAGCAGCCCAGGCGGCGGCAGCAUCAGAGGAACAUGACACCUUUGGGUUUCCCUAUGUCCCUUAUCUAUCCCAGCUACGUUUCAUGGAUACUGUGUGGAGGGCCCUUCAGGGAAGCAGCCAGGGGACAAAAUUCGCUGCACUUGAGAUGGCUACUGGGGGAGGCAAGACUUUGUCGUUCCUCUGUCCGUCUGUGCUGUGGCUGAAGCAACAAGCAGAGCAGCUAAUACUCCAGCAGCUGCAGCAAAAGCACCGACAGAUUCAGGCACAACAAAAGCAGCAGCAGGACUCGGAGAAAACAAGGAAAACGCCACCGUGGGUCAAGACAGCACUGUUGCAACAACAGCGACAACAAGCGCAGCAGUUCCUCAGGGAGAGAAAGACGCGGUUAAAAGAAGCAGCAGCUCGUUCCGACGCAGCAGCGGCAGCUAAUCCUAUGCAACAUGUGGAGCAGCAGAAAGGGCAAAACUGCAAAGUGGCGUUGGCAUCGAAGCGCCUCGCCACCGUGAACAGCACGCAGGAGCAGCAGGAUCUUGCAGAGUACGAUGCAUAUGCGCCUGAGGAGCCCGACUCUUGCCUGAAUGUAAAAUGGAAUAACUCCCUACAUGAAUCUUGGGGAACAUCUUCUCAACCAGGUUCUUCUCACAGUCUCCGUAUCCCGCAAAUCGUAAUAUGCAGCAGAACGCACCAGCAGCUGCAGCAGUAUGUAAGUGAAAUUCGAAUGAUGCAGGAGAAGGGAAGGAGAGAGGAAAUUAAAGACUUUGUCGCAGUUGUUGCAGCUGGCAGGCAACAACUAUGCUUACAUCCAGAUGUAUUUACUGGCGACAGCAGCAGCAGCAACAGCAACAGCAGCAGUGAUCUGGGGGACAAGUGCUCAUACCUGGUUUCAAAGGGCUUGUGCGGCUACUACAAAAGGAAACACUUGGUUUCAGACGCUGCAGUGGCUGCUACGCUUGACAUAGAAGACCUACGGCGUAUUGGAAGGUCUGUUGGCGGGUGUCCUUACUACGGCUGCCGAGCAGCAGCAGCGGAAGCAGACGUCGUGCUGCUGCCGUUCUCUCUUGCAUUUCCUGCUGAUGGGAGCACAGCGGAAGUUGGCUUCUUUUCACUGGCAGAUUCAGUUUUCUGUGUCGACGAGGCUCAUCACCUGUCUGCUGCUCUUAGCAACAGCAAAUCUGCAACACUUUCCCAUCGAACAACAGCAUCUGCAGCUCGGCUGCUGUCUUUGUACGUCAAACAGUUUAGUAGUAGACUUGCACCACGGUCUCUCCACUUGCUGCAACAGCUGACAAGAUUGGUUGAGACUAUCUACAAGGGACUCCAGCCAUACUGCUGCUGCGGCGAGCCGCAGGAGUGGACACGGCAACAACAGCAACAGCAAUGUCAUGUAGUAGAUGAUUCGCACAGUAACCCACAUGCGGCGUUGGCAUAUUCGCGAGAAGCAGCAAAGGAAGAUACAAAAGGAGCAGCAAUAGGUGCUGCUGCUGCAGAUAUUCAAGCAAGGGGCACCGAGACAGUCCUAACGGCGACGGCCUUACUGCGCCUUUUCAAGCUCGACAGUUUUGACUUUCACGAGCUUAUUGCUUUUCUUUCUGACCCGACUCGACGUAUAUGCCAGAAAAUGAGGGGAUUUGCAAUGCAACAUAACCACAAAUUGCAACAGCCGCCGCAAAAGCAGCAACAGACGAAACAACCGCAGACCCAACAGAAACAGCAGCGUCAUACAGAACAGCAUAUUUUGGAGCCGUCUUGCAUGUACACAGUGAGAAGUUUUAUCCAUUCACUGUUGGGUAUGGAUGCAGCUGAUAGGCUUGUCAUAACGAGCUUGCAACAUCAUCAAGAAGCAGCGUCAACUGUAAUGGGCCUUGCUGGUGCUGCUGAACGAAAGACAGAAGAUGGAAUGGGGGCAAAGCUUGCCUGUGGAAGAGCGUGCUGCUGCUGUAGGCUUGAGGUUGUAUGCCUUGCAACUGAAAAGGCGUUUGAGCCCAUAUUAAAGACAGCUCGUCUAGUGGUGUUGAUGGGGGGAACUUUGUCUCCCUUUGAGUCCCUCACUCGCUUUGUGCGUUGCCUACCUCCCUCAAGUUAUAUGUUCCUGUCGGCGGAUACUGGCACUGCAAGCGACAGAGUCUUGGCACUUCCGAUCUCAAGGCUCUCCUCUUCUUGCUCUGACUUUUGUUUCGAAUUUUCUCAGCGCAUACACUUCCCAAUGCAGUUUGUGUCCUUAUUGCGCUUGUUGCUUUGCGUCUCUGGCACUGUUUCUGGUGGUGUCGUUGUUUUCUUCCCUUCGUUUGCAACGCUGCAGUCAUUCCUAGCGGUUGCCGGUAUUUCUGACGGCGAUGCGGGAAGAGAUGUGGCUGCUUCUGCUGCUGCUGCACCAAUUAUGACAGAGUUAAAGAAGCUGGGGCCUAUCUUUGCAGAGAGACGGGCACCGGGACCUACGAAGGUCGAUGCAGGUAUACACAUUGCCUAUGGGGCGGCCCUUUGGCAGAUCUACACCUGUGCUAUUUUAAAGGGAUAUUCAGUAGGAAGAACAUUGGACGCUGACAAAACAGAGUGGAAGAGAAAUUCGGAUUCCGUGUGCGGCGGUAGAAACAGUCGUGACAAUCAUUGGCAGAGCAUGAAGUACAAAGCAGAGUGCGCUCAAGAAGGGACCCCAAAGCCGAGACCAGCAUUUUUAUUUUGUGUGAUGGGAGGCCGACUAAGCGAAGGAGUGAACUUCUCCGAUGCACUCGCACGGCUAUUGGUGGUUGUUGGUAUGCCGUUUCCUUGCAUUAAGGACAAAAUAUUCACUCUGCACAGAGAGCACUACAAUGAAAUCAUGCAGAAGCAGCAGGCCACGGCAGAUGAAGCAAAAGAAGCAAGGCCUGUUCCAUCUUGUGGGCUGGCAUAUUCAAGGCAGCAGCAGCAGCAGCAGCAGCAAAAGGAGUAUCAAUGUCUUGACUAUGGUUUGUUGCAAUGCAUGACCACUGUCAACCAAACGAUCGGCCGCGCCAUUCGUCACAGCAAGGACUACGCUGCAAUAUUGCUUGUAGAUAGGAGGUACAGUCUUGCCCGUGUACAGCAGCUGCUGCCGCGUUGGGUUGUGCAGAGUCUCGAGAUGCCAAGCCCCACACAGGAUAACAAAUGUAGGGCUGAUCUUACUGCUGGCUCAGUCACCGAUGGAGCAGAAGCGGCCGAUGAAUUCUUAACUCGGCGCCUAGAGUCGUUCUUUGGCCGUUUGGAAAAAGCAGAACAUGCAGGCCCAAAGUAA